AUGAAGCUCUUGGUGCUACUGGUUUGCAACCUCCUGGCUUGGAGGGUGGGUGAGAUGGGGUCGGAUGCUCCGGAGAAGUUGUCCGCACUGGCUCCGGGAGCUCUCAGCAUGAAGGAGACCUUCCUGGUGCUCUCGCUGCACAACAAGCUGAGGAGCAAAGUGCAGCCCCCCGCCGCCAACAUGCAGAAGCUGGAGUGGAGCGAGGAGCUGGGGCGGCUGGCGGGCGUGCGGGCGGCCAGCUGCCUGGAGGGCCCUGCUCCACCGCCAUCCCCGCAGCUGGGCUGGAGCGAGGCCCUGCUGCCGGCGGGUUCCGGGGGCUUCGGGGCCGUGCUGGAGCGCUGGUUCGCCGAGGGCCGACGCUACGACUACGGGACGGGGCGCUGCGCCGGCAAUGCCACUUGCCGCCAUUACACCCAGCUGGUGUGGGCCACGGCAGGACGGCUGGGCUGCGGCCGGCACCUCUGCACCGGCAGCCAUGGCCCCAGCGAGGCCUUCGCCUGCGCCUACUCCCCGGGGGGCAACUGGGAGGUGGCGGGGACGCCCGUCCUGCCCUACAAGCAGGGGCCCUGGUGCUCCCUCUGCACUGCCGGCCUCUCCGGCUGCUUCAAGUCCUGGGACCACGGCGGCGGGCUCUGCGAGGUGCCCAGGAACCCCUGUCGCAUGAGCUGCAGGAACAGCGGGCGCCUCGACAUGAGCAGCUGCCAGUGCGCCUGUCCCCCCGGCUACACGGGCAGGUACUGCCAAGUGAGGUGCAGCGGGCAGUGCCUCCACGGGAAGUUCAGGAAGGAGGAGUGCUCCUGCCUCUGCGACGCGGGCUACGGCGGAGCCGAGUGCGGCACGAAGAUUCGGUUCCCUUUCCACGCCUGUGACGUGAGGAUAGACGACGACUGCUUCAUGGUGUCCCCUGAGGCCGACACCUACUACGGAGCCAAAAUAAAGUGCCAGGAGAAAGGGGCGAUGCUGGCCCAGAUCGGAAACCAGAAGGUCCAGGACAUCCUGGCUUUCUACCUCAGCCGUCUGGAGACCGGUAACAGGGUGACAGACACCGAUUUCGAGACUGGGAACUUCUGGAUCGGUCUCACCUACAAGAUGUCCAAGGCUUCCUUCCGCUGGGACGUGGGCGAGCCAUCCUCCUUCACCAGCUUUGCUUUCGGGCAGCCAGACAACCAGGGGUUUGGGAACUGCGUGGAGAUGCAAGCGUCGGCUGCCUUCAACUGGAACGACCAGCGCUGCAAGACCCGAAACCGGUAUAUCUGCCAGUUCGCCCAGGAGCACAUCUCCCUCUGGCAGCGGGACCCCUGAGCCAGC